AUGUGGAAACCUUCUUGUAAUAAUCUCUGUGAUUUAUUUCAAACAGCUUCACACUCUAACUUCCUCGUCCUCUCUCUAGCUGUGGCUGAUCUGCUGGUGGGACUUUUAGUUUUUCCUUUAAAUAUGGUUUUCACUGUAACCUUGUGUCUUUUUCAACGGAGCAUAUUUUGUGACGUUCGAAAUUUCUUUGAUACAUUACUGUGCAUAUCUUCAAUUCUGAACUUGUGUUGUAUUUCUAUUGACAGAUAUUAUGCAGUGUGUCAGCCUCUGACAUACAGAACUAAAAUUAAUAAUCGUGUGGUUGUCGUUAUGAUCCUUGUGAUCUGGGGAGCUGCAACAGUAAUAUCAAUGAUUCGCAAUGUAUCAGGAUCAAACACAUGUGAUGAUGAAAUAUGUUUAAUUUAUAAGAAAGUGGCAAACUUUCUGAUCCUUGUUUUAGCACUUUAUCUCCCGGUGAUCAUCAUGCUGUGUAUCUACCUGAAGAUUUUUCUUGUUGCACAGAAACAGGCACACAGCAUCCAGAACACAAAGUCUGGAGCAACAGUCAGUAAGAUGGAGAGAAAGGCCACAAAAACUCUGGCUGUUGUGAUGGGAGUUUUUCUAUUGUGCUGGCUUCCGUACUUUCUUUGUAUUUCUAUUCUUGCUUCAAGGAAAGUCCGUGUCCCACUUCCUGUUACUGAAACACUGAUCUGGGUUAGUCUGUCAAAUUCAAUGCUCAAUCCGUUUAUUUAUGCUUUUUUUUUUUUUUUUACAGCUGGUUCAAAUCAGCUUUUAAAUUGA